GGCUCUGAAACACUGUAACAGUUUCCAGCGGGGGUCACUGGAGUACAAAACACAUAACCUCUGUUUCUCCGCGCCUGCGUGGUGCUUCACAGCCAUGUCACGGCUGGUGUUUUUAUUAGCUAGUAGACAGACCGCCCUGGCCUUCCAUUAAGAUCUCAUUUAUCAGGGUCUAAAGACAAAACCAUGGGGGACGAACAAGAGAUAAUGUGCAAACUAGAAAACAUUAUGGAAAUACGGUAAAAAAAAUAAAAACAUAAAAACUUAAAAGAAACCACAUCUGGUAAAUAUAGCUGGAUGGCUCAGGAAAAGAUUGGCUAGCCAGCUAAUAUUAGCGUCGCGGCUUUGUUAUUGCGCUAGGAAGCUAGUUAUAUGUGCCGACAUAGCCUCGAGCAAGGUUAGCAAGCGGUGGUGACCGUUCUACUGUUGUCUUGAAGGAACUGCAAGAAACUAGUUUUUGUUUUGCACGUUACAGAAUAGCUUGCUAACUAUGCAUGAUGCAUAAUCAAUCCAGCUGUUUGCAUCAACAAAAAUCCAGAUGCGAAGUGCUUUGCCAGAUUAGCGGCUCUGGCUACUUCGCUAGCUAGCUUUCUGUCAUUAGCCAGGUAGCUAAUAAUUGGCUAACCAUGGUUGGUGGUCCCCCUAAUGUCGGAGUUCAUUCAGGUGGAAGCAGUCAGUAUCAUCAGUAACAUCAGUAGAAAAAAAGACGUCUGGACUAGAAUUACACCAGUUAUAACAAUGGCAUGUGACGCACGUCCUAUCUCUAUUUCGGAUAUGCAUGCAUUAUAUUACUUAUUUGCAUGACAAAUAUUAUCUCUACUUAUUUCACAAUAAACGAAUCUAUUGCAACAGCAAUACAAUAAUAUACCAUCAUGUCUGGGUUCUGGUCUCUUUAAAAAAAAUAUAUGUUUAUCUGAAGAGACUAACCAGGAUAAAUAAAGUAGAAACAAUAGAAGAUGCCUUAGGGCAAUUGGUUUCUGAAGCAUGAUUGAGUGACGCGAAGUUGAACUGACAGAAUGUUGUCUUUGUGCCUUCUGCCCUGUAAUCAAAGUAACUAGUGCAUUAGUAAAUAGACCAGUGGUAGGUAACUACCUAAUGUUGUAUAAUUGGUAACUAACUACUAGUGCAUUUGUAAAGUACCUACUGUGUAACAUUGGUAACUACUGUUUUACAGUGAUAACUUAACUAGUAAUGCAUUGGUUAAACUGUGUUUUCAGGAAUAAGACGGUACAGAUGCAGAAGAUCAAGACUCGUCUGAAGUCAGAGUUUGAGUCCCUGGAGUCUGAGGAGAAACAUCUGAAGGAAUACAAACAGGAGAUGGACCUCCUACUGCAGGAGAAGAUGCCCAUGUACGAGAGCUACGACUCAUACACGCUGAUAUCAACGUGGUGGUAGAGAGAGAGAGAGAGAAAAGGAGUGUGUGUGUGAGAGAGGAGAGACAGAAACCAUUAUUUGACUUCUAAAUGCACAAACAGAUUUUAAAGAGUAACUUUCAUGAAAAAAUAUAUAUUUUUAAUGGUAAACCAGAUGUUUUAGGCUUAGUUAUAGUAGUAAAUCUAGCUACUUUCGCUCGUAGCGGUUCAACGGUUCGGUGAUGAAAUACACUCCCCUUCUAGAUGUGCGGGGUGAUACAUACAUUACGUCUAGCAGACGUCUAUCAGAGCGAUUCAAUAGGUGAUCACCUUAUAGCCGGUUUACAAUGUUUUUUUUGGGGGGGGGGGGGGGGGGUAGGGUUGAUAUUAUCCAUCCCAGGUAUUCCUAAGGUGGGGUUCAAAUGUCUGCGGAAGUGGUGAGUGAUCCGCUGUCCUGGCGUCGUGAGGGAGCUUGUUCCACCAUUGGGGUGCCAGAGCAGCGAACAGUUUUGACUGGGCUGAGCGGGAACUAUGCUUCCGCAGAGGUAGGGGAGCCAGCAGGCCAGAGGUGGAUGAACGCAAUGCCCUCGUUUGGGUGUAGGGACUAUCACCUCAAGGCUUACUAUAAAAGCAGGUGACAGUGUGCCUUAUUUGGCAAUGGUCUUGGUAAGUGGAGUGUGCCAAUAUAUUUUGAUUGAUGCUUCCUUGACUAGACUACUGACGUUACACAAAAUUUAAAAUGCAGUAAGGCACAUUUACGCAUAUGACCAAAUACAACGUUUUUGUUUACCGUUUCAUACACAUUUAUGUGCUUUUAGGAGAAGAAAAAAACAUGUAGGCUAUGAGGAUUACAUGUUUGUAUUCGUAGCUACAUCCAUCGUAACAAGAAAUAGAUGACAAUGGUGGUCAUAUCAACUCGUAUUUUUCCCCAACUGCCUUGGCUGAUCGGUGUUGCAGUCCGCUAAAACAGUUGGCUCAUAGUUCAAUGGUUGUGAGCUCUAAUCCCACAUGGGGCAUAUUUUAUUUACAACAUUCCUCCUGUGCUCACACUCUUCUAAUUCUGAAAAGUGAAAGCGUACCUGUGAGAGGAGUCGCCCUGGUAGUAGUUGUAGGUUUUUAUACAGUACCCAAGACCAAUCUGUGAGUUCAUUUGACCAUUGGAAGAAGAGCUAGUGCGUAAAGACUGCAAUGCGGGUUGGAUUGAAUUGAGCCCUUAAUCUUCAUUUUCACUUCCAAACACAAUACCUCAAUAAAUGUGCGUCCACAUUUGAACUAUUAUUUUGCGCCCCAUGGGGAAUUCGAACUUACACCGCAAGUAGUAAUAGAUGUGUGGAACUCGGCACCUCACCACUGUCAGCUAACUGUUCAGAGCAUUAUUUGCUCGCGAUGCACAUCAUUUUAUUAUCAGAGCGUGCCAGUGGACUUCUGGUAAAUAUGCUUUAGUGAGAAAGUGUUGGGAUCAGGUGAUCAACUAUGUUUACCCAUCCCCAAAAUGAAUAUUUAUGAGCAAUUCCCUCACCCACAACUUGUCACCUGAAUGCAUUUUUGGAAAAUGUGAAGGGGUUGGGCAAAGGCUGAAAUUGGGGUUGAGUUAACCUUUAAUAGUUUCUUAUUUUUCUGUAUCUCUCUCCUUCUCUCUCCCCUUCUCCUCCCCAGAUGGAGAGCACUAUAAAGCAGUCGGAGAACGACCUGAAUAAGCUGCUGGAGACGACGCGGAGGCUUCACGAUGAGUACAAACCCCUGAAGGAACAUGUAGAUGCCCUGAGGAUGACCCUGGGCCUGCACAGACUGCCCAACCUCAACGAAGAGGAGGAGAAACUCUCUCUGGAGUCAGUACACACAUAUUAUACACACACACACACGGUUGCACAUACACACACACAUCAACUUGUUCUCUGUGCUAUCUUCUAUCUCUGUUGCCAUAGUUACUUUGAGAAGCAGAAGGCUGAGUGGCAGAAGGAGCCUCAUGAGCCCACCAUCCCAGAAUCCCUUGCAGCAGCGGCUGCCGCGGCCCAACAGCUCCAGGUCUCCCGGAAACAAGAUGCCCGCCAGACGGCCACCUUCAGACAACAGCCCCCUCCCAUGAAGGUACACAGUACACACCCUCCUAUGAAGGUACACACACAUACACACAUACACACACACUCCUCUCCCCUGUCUUUGUACCUACACAAUAAUGACACUACUGAAGUCUGUGUAUUUACAUAGUUAUGACACACUAUAACAUCUCUGUUCUCUCCCCAGGCCUGUCUGUCAUGCCACCAGCAGAUCCAUCGUAACGCUCCUAUCUGUCCACUGUGUAAGGCCAAGAGUCGCUCCCGCAACCCCAAGAAACCCAAGAGGAAGCCUGAUGAGUAGAUACACAGAUACAGACACACUCUCCUACUACCACCUCAUAUUGCUACAUUUCACAUCUGGAAUGCAGUAACACGUCUUCAUAACCUUCCCCAUGCCAUGGAACCUACGUUUAGUGUAAUCGUCAUUAUCCUAAGUGUUUUAUAAAAAAUCAGUGCUCAAGUAUUGAAAUAUAAUUGUUAACCUUAACGUUUGAUAGACCGUAACCAUGUUAAAUAAAAAUGAUUAUACUGUAACUGUACCCAUGUUGUGAUUGGUUCUGGCAGUAGAAAUGUAAAACGUACUGCAUUCACGUUACUCUGUAUUUAACACGUUUGCAUUGCAUGAACACUUUCCAUGGCUGAACUAUAAUGACUGUGUUGGAAUUGUUUGUGAUAUGAAAGUGGGUUCAUUGUUGGAGCGUAUAACCCGGGAAGUUGUUCUAAUGUUUACUGAAGACCAUAGGACUGAGAAAAGGACUGAGAAAAACCAUGAUGCUUACUUGCUUUUAACAGUGUUGUAUGUGAAACUUUAAUACAAUAAUAAAAUAUAAAAAUGU